AUGUCUGCGCCAAGUGGAAAGCUGAGACUAAAGAAACAUAAAAAGGCAAAGCUUUUUCAAAAAGAAAAAGCAAGGCCCGUUAUAAGUAUAGAACCUACGCCUGCAGAAAAAGCAUUUGAGGAAUACCAAAAGAAAAAUCGAUCGAAAAGGGUAGAAGAGAGAGUUUCCAAAACCCAUAAGGAAAGAGUAGAGGAGUACAACAAAAAACUUUCAGAGCUGACUGAACAUUUUGAUAUUCCAAGGGUGGGGUCUUAA